GCUUCCUUGUUAAGAUGGCGGCUCCUUUGACGCUGCUGCUGCUCGUGGCUGUUACCCUCCGCGCUGCACUCUUCAGGGCCGGGCUGACGGACCUCAUCUCCGGGAGGGUGGAGGUGGUGUCGCCGCUGACCGCCUGGAAGAGAGUGGUUGAAGGUUUGGCUCUGCUGGAUUUGGGCGUCUCACCGUACUCUGGAGAUGUUUUCCAUGAGACUCCUCUCAUCAUUUACCUCUUCCACUUCCUGGUGGACUAUGCUGAGAUAACAUUUAUUUUGGCAGAUGUGAUCACUGCUGUGGCACUUUACCUGGCAGUGAAGGACUACAACAAACAAGUGUUCAGAAAACAGAGAUAUGCUCUGGAGGCCGACCGCUACCCCCUCGACUGUCUGGAGAUCAUCAGGAGCCCCAAGGAGAUGUACUACAUCCCCCUGAAAGUAGCCAUGUUUUAUCUGUUGAACCCGUUCACCAUCCUCUCCUGCGUCGCCAUGUCCACCUGCGGCCUGAACAACGCGGUCAUCGCCCUCUUCAUCCUCUCCACGAUAAAGGGAAAUGUUUUGCUUAGUGCCAUAUUCCUGUCCCUGGCUACGUAUCAGUCCAUCUAUCCUCUGACUCUGUGCGCUCCAGCUCUGCUGUACUUGAUGCAGCGACAGUACAUCCCUGUGAACUUUCGACGGGCCGGCUUCUGGUGGUUCAUCGCCCAGUACGCCUUCAUGUACCUGGGCAGCCUGUUCGUCAUCGUGGGCCUCUCCUUCUUCCUGCUCGGCUCCUGGGAUUACCUGCCCUCCGUCUACGGCUUCAUUCUCUCAGUUCCAGACCUGACCCCCAACAUCGGCCUCUUCUGGUAUUUCUUCGCCGAGAUGUUUGAACACUUCCGUCUCUUCUUCCUCUGCGUCUUUCAGAUCAACAUUUUCUUCUACACCAUCCCGCUGUCCAUCAAACUCAAGGAGCAUCCAGUGUUUCUGAUAUUCAUGCAGUUGGCUGUGAUCUCCAUCUUUAAGUCUUACCCCACAGUGGGAGACAUCGCUCUCUACAUGGCCUUCCUUCCUGUCUGGAGUCACCUGCACAGAUUCUUGAGGAACAUCUUCCUGGUGUCCUGCGUCCUGUUGGCCUGUUCCGCGUUGUUCCCGGUUCUCUGGCACCUCUGGAUCUACGCCGGCAGCGCCAACUCCAACUUCUACUACGCCAUCACGCUCCUGUUCAAUGUGGCCCAGAUUCUGCUGAUAUCUGAUUAUUUCUAUGCCUUCCUGAGGAGAGAGCACCACCUCACCUACGGGCUGUACCUGAAGAGGAAAGACGGCUCUGAGGCGACGCUGGUGCUCAAAUAAAACGCCCACUCACUCACAUCCUCGGCCUGAGAGGAAGAAACUGCUCGACGUCUCACUUGUCCUCAAAGCGGACGAACACAAAGAAAAGACUUCUAAAGCCAAACUGGUUCUCCGACAGAACAUCGACACAUGUGCAGAACGUGUGUCUGGUACAACUUCAUAUGCAAACGACAGAACUACAUCAUAGAACGGACUCAUGCAGAUGUUGGAUGUGGGGAAACAUCUCCCUCCUCUUUACUCUUUCAUUUGUGUGAAAGCUUCAUGCCACCUGGCUCCUACAAUGCUUUCAUUUUGAAGUCCCCUCUUUGGUUGCAGCCUCUCCAGUAGAGUUUUAUUUUGACGCAGUGUUUAUCCUGCAGCUCCGUCCUGGACAGCUUUUAUUUUGAAGUACCAACUCCCAUGCUAUCCCUCUGCAAGGCUUUUACGUUGAAGUCUUGUUCCUCUUUCAACACUUAAGAAGAAAAUUGUAAAAAUGUGGGAAUACUUCUGCUGACAUGAUCAUUCCUGAUAGUUUACAGCUCUCCCACACACACACAUUUUCUUCUUGUGUUCAAACUGGAACUCAUACGCAGACAGGAUGAAGAAAUCUUUUAUUUUGAAGGGUUUUGUCUGGAAGCCUCUUUCAUGUUUCUCACGUUGUUUGCACGGUUUGUUUUUCUCUCUCUCAAAGUUUCCUCAUUAAUUAACAAACUCUAGAUUGUCAGUGUUACAUCUCAAGUGAAAUCCAGUCGAACGAGAACUCACCUCAUCAUGGUACAUAAACCGAAACACUACCGGGGAUCGAUUCAGCUGCUGACACACACACACACACACACACUGAUCAUCACUAAAACCCAGAUUUCUCUCUUUCUAGUUUAACGAGAGCGCAUCGGACAAAGACGACAGUGAAUGUGUCUUAAAAAAAUAAAGUGCUUCAGAAUCUGUGGAGAGAAGAAACAGAUUUGAGUUUUCUGGGCCAAGUUAGAGAAACUGGUUCUGCAGCGGCCUUGUGUUUAACACUCGUCAAAAUUAGAACUUUGUAGCAUAUUAUUUGUUAGUGGGACACGUUCAUAUCAUAAGCAUUUUCUCCCUCAGUCGACACAACCUCAAAAACUCCAUAUGUUUAUGUUUACUUAAUUUAAACAGUAUCAUUCCCGUUUCCACAACACUAACUCCAUCAUUAACGUAAGAGCCACAGGUGAUAUUUUUUAUCUUGUCCUCAGAAGAUAUUAACUUGUGCGUAAAGAUAAUUUAAUAAAAUCUCUGUCAAGGUUUAUUUUCACUUUAAAUUGUCAUAUUAUAAAAUCCUUGCUGCUCUUCUACAGACACGUGAUUAACUUCAUAUUUAGGUUAUUAUCUCGCGAGCACAAGAUAAGAACAUGUCACCUAUUUGGAUGUACUGGACUUUUAUUGGGGCUCAUGUCCUUUAAACUGCUCAUUUGUUCCAGCUGAAGUUCAUCCAAGCGUUUUGAUACCAAUGAGUGAAAAAUUUGUUUUAAUAUUUAUUUAUUUCCUGCACUGAAAACUUUGCAAUGAGAUUUCAUUUGUUCUUCUUUUCUUUGUUUUUGUUAUCUGAAAUCAAAUCAGGAACUCUUCAGUUUUUGAUACUGUAAAUACUAAUGGGAUUUGUUUUGUUACAGAUAUUUAAGUGCAGGUGUGAAAGGGAUGAUGGUAAAUUUGAUGAAUGAAUGACCAUGAUGUCACAAAUGAUGAUUAUUAAACUUGAGGUGUUGGUUUAA